AUGGCAUGGAAGUCUGCCCGGGCCGUGAGAUGGAACGCUGAGCAGGAGAGUAUGUUUGCUGAUGACGAGGAGCAGGAGCAGCGCUUUGAGCAGCGGUGCAGGUGGAUGGUUACUGCCUUCGGCUUCGGUCAAGGCUGCUGCGUCAACGUGUACUUGUCAGCUGGAGGAUACCUAGGAGAUCGGUUCCAGGACAAGUACUUCUUCGUUUGGAUGUGCGCCGUGGUGUAUACUGCUCCGUUCCUGGUCUUCAUGCUCGCAAGAAGGCUGGACCCCUACUUCGACCGGCACUAUGGCUUCCGGAAGGUGUACCAGGUGCGCCUGGCCCUCUCGAUGCUAUUGGGGGCUGUGCUGGUGGCAGCACUGAUUGCGGCGACAGUUGGAGAGUCUGCCAGCAGAUUCACUAUUUUGGCGCUGGGCGCGCUGGUGGGCGCGGUGGCCGGGUCGGUGGCCUCCGCCUCCGCGCAGUUCUUCGGGGUGAUCUCGCCCAAGCUUGUGCCGCUCUUCUUUCUUGGGCAAACAUCUUCUGGCGCCUACAUCAAUGUGGCGGCCCGCGUGGCUGGGUUCCAUCCGGACUGCCCCAGUGGCAGCGUCAUAUGGUACUACAGCAGCGGCAUUGCCGUGGCAGUUCUGCCGGCCCUGAUCUUCUUUGUGAACCACUACCGCGGAGGAUUGGAUCCAGCGUACCGGCGACAUCACCAGAUGACUCCGAGCGCAUCAAUGGCCAGCAUGGUGGCGGGGACGCCCAGGACAGAGCUGCCGUUGACCACCUCCGACGAGGGUGCAGACUUCCGCGUGUGUUACCCAUGGAGGUGGUCGGAGAAGGAGCUCGUGAUUCGGCUCGCCUUCCUGUGCCAGAUCUUUGUUGUCGCGUUGAACAUCUCGCUGACCCCGCUUGCCAACGUCCUUGCGCAUGGCAAGUUCAAUCUUGGGCAGGAGAUCGUUCUGGCCAAACUCUUCGGUGACUUUGUGGGUCGGGUGCUCUUCUUCGGCCUGCCCAACCCCAGGCGGUUGAAGCGGCACCUCGCCCUGAAUUGGGUGGUUGCCUGUCUACGUCUUCCUGCGUGGAUCGUGCUGAUCAUGCACGCUUUGAGCAAGGAGCCGUGGUUUAACGAAGCGGAGCUGCUGGCCAUUUGGCUGCCAUUUGUACUGACUGCAGCCUUUGGCGGCAGCUGGCUCCAGGUGGUAGCGAUACAGGCCGCGGAUGCGCAGGAGAAGCGGGCGGUGGCUGCGAGGAUGAACAUUGCCGUCUACCUGGGCUUCCUUUGCGGCGUGAUUUUUGCCGGCGUCUUCGCGAUGGCUGUGAGAUGA